CCCUCAGCUGCCCCUCAUGCAGUGUAAAUCCGUGCAGUGCUGAAGGGGUGGUGCCAGGGCUGUUUGACUCCCAGCUGUGCCCUUUUCCAGUCCCUGGUGCUCGUGUCCCGCCUGCCCUACGUGAACCUCUUCCAGUCCCUGCUCCAGCUCAUUGCUCCCGAGUACUUCGACAAGCUGGAGCCGUGCCUGGAGGCAGUGUGCAACGAGAUCGACCAGUGGCCUCCUCCUGUGCCAGGACAGACCCUGAACCUGCCCGUGAUGGGAGUUGUCAUCCAGGUGAGGAUCCCAUCCAGGGUGGAUAAACCAGGAUCAAGCCCAGUGAAGCAGUUCAAUCAAGAGAAUCUGUUACCAGCCCCACUGGUUCUCCCCAGUGUCCAUGAGCUGGACCUGUUCAGGUGUUUCCAGCCAGUGCUGAUUCACAUCCAGAUGCUGUGGGAGCUGAUGCUGCUGGGAGAGCCCAUGGUGGUGAUGGCACCGUCCCCAACUGUCUCCUCAGAAAUGGUUCUGGCCCUCACCAGGUAAUGCCCUCACAUUCUGACAGACUGGGAGCUGUAACAACCAAUUCUGGCAGCUUUUCUCCCUCAGCUCCAGUCCCUGCUGGUCUAUGGGGUUGGGUUGGGUUUGCACAGGGAAGCUUUGUGGGAUGAGCAGCACAGUGAGAGUCCUGCUUGUGUCCCCCCAGGGCAGAGAGGAGGGCAGGGGAACCUCCUCAAAGGUGGUCCACAGCUCUGACCUCUGCUUUAGCACAAAAACCCAAAACCCUGGAAUUCUCUGUAGUGGUUUGACCAGGCCAAGUGCCGGGUCCUGCCCUUG